AUGCAAAAAACAAACAGAAAAGCCAAAAGACGAAAAGGUUUCAAAAUCUCCGGAAGACACGCAUUGGCCGGCGUCGAAGAGAGUAGAGCUCCGAAGUUGGCGCCUGUUUGUCAGACUUGUGGUGACAUUGGUUUCGAAGAACAACUCGUGUAUUGUUACUCUUGUAGGACUGAAUCUGUUCACCGCUAUUGUUUGGGCAUAACGCCUGUUCCUUUUGCGGUGAACGCAACUUGGUUCUGUGAGGGCUGUGACAGGAGUGAGAGUCACUCUGAUUGCAAAGAAGAUGAUGAGACUGCUUAUGCUAAGAGUGGAGAUAUCUUGGAGAAGAACGAGAAAGAGAAUAAAGAGACUAACAAUCAGACUUCGCCGGUUUUAGUUUUCGAAUCAGUCUCGGAGGGCGUAAGUUCAUCUACUGUUCAGGAUCAUAAAUUUUGUACCAGCAAAAGAAGAAGUUUAAGUUCUGGCAACAUACGGGUUACUAGUGAAAACACACAGUUAGCUGCUGAGAACAGUUCUUGCAAAGAGGCUGAAUCAAAUAUGCCACAAACAAAUGAGGUUGUGACAGCUCCGGUUUUCAAUUCUCUGGCACUAGGUAAAGACAGAGCGCUACCAAUCUAUGAACCGAUAUGGAGGGGAUCGAUAUCUGUGAAAACCGGAAACAUCAGUGGCAUUGAUGGGCUUGUUGCUCAUUUAUCAAGCUUAGCCUGUCAUAAAGUUCAUGAGAAGGCAAGGUCAUUACAGGCUCGCCUCCCUGCUGAGAUGUUUCCUAGGUUGGAGAUAUGGCCAGAUAGCUUUCUCAAGAACAAACCACCUACCGAUGAAAGUAUUGCUCUUUACUUCUUCCCUUCCAGUAAAAGUAAUGAUGAGAAGGUUUACAAUUCGCUUGUUUGUGAAAUGAAGAAGAAUGAUUUGGCUAUGAGAUGUGUUGUUGACAAUGUGGACCUUCUUCUCUUCACUUCUUAUCAGUUACCAAUGCAUUGCUGGAGCGCAGAAAGACUCGACAUUAGUCACCAGACUCGCUACCAAUUGACAAUUCUGUAUAGGAUCUUACCCGAGACGGGGUUAUUUUUGGUGGAUUUGUGCAAAGGGAUUGAUCAAAUUAGUGAUAACUUUGAGAUCUUCCUGAUUGUAGUAGAGCUUGAUAUUGAUCCAAUACCUUCAUGGACAGUAGCCGUCUGA